UCACUCUCCCAUUCUCUUCCUCUGUAUAUAAAACAGUGGUGUAUGAAUUGUGCUACAGAAAGUAUGUUCACAUGCUGGGGACACAAAAAGGGCCAUGUAACGUGUGCCCAGGGCAUUGGUGCUGAUACAAACUGGCAGAAACAUCGAGAUGAUUGACAGUUCUCUUUGGUGAGUCAGAAAGCAGGAUGCCUGGUGGGCCCUGCGGGGCCUCGCAUAAAGCCCUGACUAUUGUUUGUGCCCUUGUCCUCUCCUGGUUAUUACUCUUGGUGCAUGCUGCAUUCAGCCAGAAACCUGCCAAGCUGCCCCUGGUGGGCCGCAAGCCAUUCUUGGCUGCAUGGAAUGCACCACUCGACUUGUGCUCCAUCAAAUACAACAUGAACAUCAGUCUGGACCUUUUUCACAUUAGUGGCAGUCCAAGAGCUGUCCAUACAGGCCAGGAUGUCACCAUCUUCUAUCCAAACCGUCUGGGGUACUAUCCAUUCUAUACUGAGCAAGGUGAGGCAGUGAAUGGAGGCCUUCCUCAGAACUGCAGUCUGGAAGCUCACCUCAGCAAAGCUAGCAAAGACAUUGCACACUUCAUUCCCUCAGAAGAUUUCCAAGGCCUAGCUGUCAUCGACUGGGAGUAUUGGAGGCCACAAUGGAGCCGCAACUGGCAGAAGAAGGAAAUUUAUCGACAACGCUCACGUGAACUUGUCUCUCGAGCCUAUAUCAAUGUGACAGAAGAUCAGAUAGAGGAACUGGCACGUCUACGCUUCGAAAAGAGUGCCAUGGCAUUUAUGCAGGGCACGCUGGAGCUUGGCACACGGGCUCGACCAAAAGGCCUAUGGGGCUUCUACCUAUAUCCAGACUGCCAUAACUAUAAUGUGCACAUACACAAUUACAGUGGCUACUGCCCCAUGAUGGAAAGUGUCCGCAAUGACGAAUUACUCUGGUUGUGGAACAGCAGUACUGCACUCUUCCCUGCAAUGGCUAUCCGUAAGGGCCACAUGGACAGCAUUCGCAACCUGCACUUCUGCCAGAACAGGGUGUUGGAGUCUGUAAGGCUCGCAUCCAUGACCUCACUGCCCUACGAGCUGCCCACUUUUGUGUACACAAGACUCGGGUACAGAGAUGAAGCCAUGACAUUCCUAUCACAGAAGGAUUUAAUACACACAAUAGGGGAAAGUGCUGCUUUAGGUGCCGCAGGCUUUGUGAUCUGGGGCGACCUUAACCUCACAUCUUCUAGACAAAACUGCUCCAGGGUAAGAACAUUUUUGAGCUAUAGACUGGGCCAGUACAUCACCAACGUGACCCGUGCAGCUGAAGUGUGCAGUGAAUAUCUGUGCCAGUCCAACGGCCGUUGUGUACGGAAAGACCCACGGGCACCGCAUUUCUUGCACCUGAGCCGCACCAGCUACCGCAUCCUGUCAAACCGCAAUGGCACAUUCGCCGUAACUGGCUGGCAUUCUCAGCAUGAACUACAACAACUAGCAGAAAGGUUCUACUGCCACUGUUAUGAAGGGUACGAGGGUGAGCACUGUGACAGUACAGAGUCAACGGACACAGCAGACUUUGAGGAGAAAAAGAAGGAGGUGGAGGAGGAAGAGCAGGAUCGAGGGGCAGAGAGCUCUGCUGAGUCUGUGGGAAACGCCCUUGUCCUGGUGGUGCUGCUUGUUUUGUUUACCUUUGGCUGUAUUUAAAGCACUGUGGUACAGCUAUCCAAUGGCACAUGUACUGACCAAUGUUUGUAUGCAGACACUUGUUAUUGUAUGCAGACACGCUAUAGGUUGAUAUCACUUGAAGCAACAGGAAAAUAGUCAAUGACUAUAGUUUACUCACAUUUACACUUAAGUCAGUGUUUUUACCUGAUAUCAUCUACCUUUUAAGUACUUGUUAAAAUGUUAGCCUUGUUUGCACAAACUAUAGUACUUACUUAAACAAUUUACUAUAGUAACCCUACAAUAUUAAAGUAAGUAAAUACUAUGUAUCUGAAAGCUUUUGACUGAAAUUCUCCAUCUAUAUAUCUUUUAAUAAAGCACAUAUAUGGUUAGUAAAGUUGCAUUCCAGGUGCCACUUGCUUGUAAAUUCACUCAAUUUCAGAGGUUACUGAUGACCCCAGAUGGUCUGCUUGACCAUUGGCUCAUCAUUAACAAUCUAUUACUAUUUCAUUUAACUUAAAAAUACAUACACUUUAAGUCAUAUGCUUAUAAAAUAUUCAGUUCUUGUUUUCAUCAACACAUAUCACUUGAAAAUAUUACCACAAGUCAUGGUACAAGACAAGCUGAAUGUUAAAAUGCUAAAUAGACAAAUGUAAAUAUAAUUCAUUAAAUCUUUUGUAAAAAUGUUCAAACUCCUGAAAAGAGGAAAACUGGAUAUUUUCUACUUUUAUAAUAAUUUUUUAAAUGCAUAACUGCAUAAUCACUACAAGCCAAGCACAAAUAUUACUACCUUACUUUUUCCAGUACCCUAUAAGUAACAUUACAUUUUACAGUCAUGUUUCAUUUUAUUACGUCUUAUUGUUUUGUUUAUUUUUUGCAUUUUCAUUUGAAACAAAGCACAGCAAAGUUCAGAAACAGAGGAAUUAAUACAUAUACCUCAUUUUGAGUCAUUUUUCUCAACUUUUCUGAAUGUCCAUUCUACAUUACCACACAACACACUAGAACAUACUAAUGAUGUAUUGAUAAAUUGAUUGUUACAUUCCUUUAACUUCAUAACGACAUAAAAGCCAUUAAAAUAAAGAAAAUAUUGUCAGUAUUGUCUGUUUUCACAUUUCUUUUUAUUUAUAGCAUUUCAACAGACUGUUGGCAGUGUUUACCUCUGAUAAUGGUUAACAUAUCCCAAUAAAAUCACAUCACAUCUGCAUUUUAUAAUGAAUUGAUUCAUAAUGAAUUUUGUUUUAAUAAUCUUGUACUGGCAGUAAUGUUAAUCAAAUAGUAUGUGAAAGCAUGUAUUGCCUGACCUUGAAUGCACUAUAAAUAAAUAAGUAUGUUGACUGA